AUGGCGUAUCACUUUGACCCGUACGCGACGGCCCGCCGGCCCAAGGCCAAGCGCAGCGGGUGGGACGACGAGGUCGAGCAGGACCUGAGCAUCUCGCGCAAGUGCGAGCUCGGCCGCUGGAUCGAGUGCGGCAUCUGCGUCGACAAGGCCGGGAGGCACUCGGUCAUCCAGGCCGACGCCGCCUAUGGCCUCAAGAAGUGGAAGCGCCACAUCAACGGCGCGUGCCACCUCAAGAACGCCGGCCUUGCGCCGCCCGAGCCGCGCCCCGCGCCGAUGCUGGACGCGCUGCCCAUGGAGCCGCCGACGCUUUUAGAGCCGCCGCCGACGAUGCGCUGCCCGGGGCUCUACGGCGGCGACCAAAAGUACCUCGCCUUGAUGGUGCAGUACGGCGACAUCAAGUCGGAGCGGCUCGAGAUC